CACUCUGUGAUUUUUUAUAUUCAUAUUCCUUUGUGUUUUGUUUUGUUUUUUUACCUCUGGAGUAUCGUUAAUUUCCUAACCUCCCUCACUGUUCUAUUAGGGGGAGGUGAGUAGGCUUUGGAGACGUUGAAGAUGGCGACUGGAAUGAGCUGGCACCAACAUAAUUAUCACGGUGGAGGGGCUUCUGCCAGUGCUGCCAAGUUUGUGCCCUCUUCUCCUGGCAUCAUGGCACAUCAAGCCGGCAUGAGCAUGGAGUAUACUGCAGAACUGCACCUCAAGAUGAGCAAGAAGAUAGCCCAGCUGACAAAGGUCAUAUAUGCCUUAAACACUAGGAAUGAUGAACAUGAAUCAGGAAUACAAGCCAUCAAAGAAGCUCAUGAAGAGGAAAUCCAGAAAAUCCUUGCAGAAACACGGGAGAAAAUAUUGCAAUAUAAGAACAAAGUGUCAGAGGAGGUAGAACUAAAGAGAAAGAUCCAGUCACUUGAAGAAUCAUUGGAAGAGCACAAAAAGAUGAAGCAGCAAGCCCUGACAGAGUUUGAAAUCUAUAAACACAGAGUAGAAGAUAUGCAACUUUGUGCGGAGGCCCAGCAUGUGCAGAGAGUUGUGACCAUGUCUAGAGAGGUAGAAGAGAUACGAAAAAGAUUUGAGGAGAGGAUAAGGAGUUUCAUGCAACUUCAGGUACAGUUUGAGAAAGACAAACGUGCAGCCCUUGAAGAAUUAAGAGCAAACCAUAGACUGGAAAUUCAAGAGCUCUUGAAAGCUCAACACAGUCAGAAUGCUACAAUCAAUAAAGGACAUGAAACGCUGGAAGAAAUGCACAAAUUACAAGUUGAGGAAUUUAACAAAAAGCUUGAAGACCUUCGACUAGAGAGGAAAAAGUUAGUUGAAGACUAUGAAGGGAAACUAAGUAAAGCACAAGCAUUUUAUGAGCACGAAUUGGAUGCCUUGAAAAGAUCUCAGCACUUUACUGCAGAAAGUUUACACACUUGUAAGCAGAAAGAAGCAGAGUUGAAAAGAGAAUUUCAAAAUCAAGAAGCCAUUUUGCAAAAGAACCUUGGAAUCCUUAAAACCGAAUUUCAAGUUGUACAAGAAGAAGCAGGAAGUUUGAGAGAAAAGUGCCAAAAACUUCAAGUUGCCCUGAAUACAACAGAAAACAAUGUUCAGGUCCUUCAAAAACAGCUGGAAAAUGUGAAGCAGGAGGAGAUGUCCUUACUAAGCAAACAGAAAGAUAUGGAAGCUGAGCUAGCAGCUGCUCGGGAGCGUCUGCAACAGCAAGCCACAGAACUUGUGCUUAAAGCUAGUCACAUUGGGAUGCUACAAGCUACUCAGAUGACUCAAGAGGCCACCAUCCAAGAUCUUGAAUCAGAAAAGUCCAGAAUAAAGGAAAAAAUAGCCCGUCUAGAGGAAGAAAGAGCAUUGCUACAAAGCAAAAAUCAGAAUCUUGAUGAACGUCAAAGGCAUCAGAUUCUUGCAUUGGAGAAGAAGAUCAAUGAAGCAAAGCAGACGCAGCGUGAAUGCUAUGAGAAGGAGCUCAUUAACCUGCGCAUCAAAUUUGAGGAGGAUACUGUGCAGCUAAAAGAGCUUCAUGCAAGGACGUUAGAAGAGAUGUCAUGGAAACAUCAAGCAGUGCUCGAGGCAGCUCAUAGCACAACAAAUAAGGAAAAAAAGAAGCUACAGAUGGAACUCCAGCAACAGUUUGAAAAGGAGAGACAGGAAUUUGAAGAGGGAAAGAAACAACUGCGGCAGCAGCUAGAAAACCUUAAAGAAGAUCUGACUACCAAGCUGACAGCUGCCAAUCAGGAGAUUGGACGUCUGCAAGACCUGGUGAAGAAAAGUGAGCAAGGGCUUGGCUCAGCCGAGUGUCAUAUCUCAAGUCUCAAAGAUGCACAAGACAGACUUCAAAAUGAGUUGGAUUUAACAAGGGAGAGGUUAAGGGACACCAGUGACUCCCUUUUUGCUGUACAGGGGGAGUUGGAGAAAGAAAGACAGCAGCAUGAAGCAACAAUGGCUGCAACCCGAGAAGAGGAAAGAUUAAAGAUGGAUAAGUUAGCUCGUGACCUUGAACUAAAAUGGACAGAGACCCUCAGGCAAGAAUGCAAUAAGCUCAGAGAAGAACUGAGGAUACAGCAUGAGGAGGAUAAAAAGGGUGCUAUAGCACACCUUCUGCAGCUAAAAGAACAGGAGUUAAAUACAGCAAAGGAAGGGUGGCAAAAGAAGGUAGAAGAUCUCCUUGAUCAGAUUUCUUUGCUAAAACAGAACCUUGAGAUGCAGCUGUGCCAGUCCCAGAAUGCUUUGCAGCAGCUGCAGUCACAGUUCAGUCAAGAACGUCAGCGCCUCACUCGGGAGCUUCAAGAACUGGAGGAGGAACACCAGCAGAGGCAAAAUUCCUUGCAGGAGGCCCACAUGAUAGCAUUUCAAAGCAUGGAGGAUGCAAAAGAUCAAGAGCAAAAAGAUCUCGAAGAUCACUUGCAUCAGAAAUACACAGGGGAGCUGCAGACUGUAAAGGAGGCUCAUAAGCAGGCUAUGGAAGCCCUUAGAGUGGAAAUGGAACAGGAACUGCAAACAUUACGCUUUGAAUUGGAGGAUGAGGGUAAAGCCAUGCUAGCGUCACUGCGUUCUGAACUCAAUCAUCAGCAUGCAGCAGCUAUUGACCAGCUAAGGCACAAUCACCUUCAGGAGAUGGAGGCAGCGUCAGAAGAACUUGAAAGACAAAGAGAGCAAAGCCGGCGUCGGGAGUCUGAGCUUCUGGGAAGAAUAGCAGAUCUCGAGGAGCAGCUGAGGCAUCAAGAACAGCAUGUAUCGAACCUGAAUAAGGAGCUGGUGAUACUGCACGAGAGCAUGAAUACUCUAACUAAGGAACUGGAAUUGAAAGGAAAAGAAAUACUUAGGAUACGCAGUGAAGCCAAUCAACAAAUUAGGGUGCAUGAACACAAUUUAAGCAAGAAACACGAGGAAGAGAUGAAUGAGAUAACUGCUGCACACAUCAGUGAGAAGGAAACUAUAGGGGCAGAAUUUGCAAAGAUUCAAGCACUGCUUAUGGAAAAAAAUUCUGCAUUGCAAGUUUCGUUAACUGAAAUGGAAGAAAAAUAUCAAAACAGGGAAUCCAGGCCAGAGGACCUUCAACUCAUAUCUGAGCUAAAGGAUAUGGUUGCCGAAAGGGACCAACUUAUCAAGAAACUUAUUGAAGACAAAAAGUUUUACCAGCUUGAGCUAGUGAACCGCGAGACCAACUUCAACAAAGUGUUUAAUGCAAGCCCUAACGUUGGUGUUAUUAAUCCUCUUGUCAAGCAAAAGAAGAAGAAUGAUAAGUCCACAAACAGGUUUGUGAGUUCCCCUAACCUAAAUGCCCUGGACGAGUCUGGUGGAAUGGGAAACGGACAUCCUAACCGCCUGGAGCCCAUUCCUAACUCACCCAUCCACGAUAUUGAGUUCAACAGCAGCAAGCCUCUACCAUCACCUAUACCACCCAAAGAGGCCAAGACCUUUUUGAGCCCUCCUCAGACUGAUGCUUCACCCGUGGCAUCUCCUGAUCCACAGCGCCAGGAAUGGUUGGCUAGAUACUUUACUUUCUAAGAGACUCUAUUUGACAAUGUUACUAUUUCUCUUGUGGCACAGCUUCGAUGUGGACUGUUUGUAAGAGCAUGACCUUGACAAUUCCUUCUGUGACCAAGCUUUGCCGUAAACACUGUUUGUCAAACACUGUGACCGAGAGUACUUGUCUCCAAUUGCAAAUGCACUGUACUAUUUUUAUUUCCUUUCUUCUUUAAGUAAGUGAUGAUCUCUCUUCUUUUAUUUGUCAUAAAACUUGGUCUACCAUUUUUGGACUUACUGUGCUACCUCCUUGUCCGAUGAUUCCUCCUUUCCAUAGUAACAUGUGGGCCAUAUAACUACUUCAGUGCCGGAAUGAACCGCAUCACAUUGUCUGUGCUGAAGUGAUAUAAACGCCUUCUUAAUAGAACCACUCACAAAGCAGUGUAAUGAAAUGAAAUCAUGUUUCAAGUUCAAUCACAUUUCAUUGCUUGACACCAGAAAUAACAAUGUGCCUGGAGUCAGAUUCUCAGCUUCUGAUUGGUAUGUAUAUACUAUGUAUGGCAAUUGUACUCCUAAUGUAACAACAUCUUACCCUGUAUCCCAGUGUGUUAUUUCCUAUGGAAGUCACUUUUAUGAUAUAAAAAUAAUAUUUUUCUUAUAAGAA